AUGUCCGAGGUGCCUGCUUGGUUAGGCUCGUGCAUUGGAAGUGGGCACACACGCGAGCAGCUCUCUCCCUUUCGCACAGGAGAGGCGAGCGAUAACCCGGAGGAUGGAUGGGUUUUUUGCCGUGCGAAAGACAUCGAGCAUAUGCAUAGGAUGUAUGCGCAUAUCUUGCAUUACAUUCGUGAUGUCGAAGUACGGGCUGUGCACCCUGAUACCCAUGACACAGACGAGGGGCUUCGUGUUCUCAGCGACCCCUUAGAAGAGUGUCCAGACCCUGCAGACAAUGCUGAGUACUACGAACAAAUUGCGUGCCCCACAUCUUUACAGGCCAUUACUCACCGCAUAGUGCAUUGCGAAUAUGCAGUGCCAGCGCUCUUUGAGCAAGAUAUGCUGCAAUUGUUUAGCAACGCACGCGAAUGGUACGGCAUAGGAACGGAAGGGUAUGGUGAAAUGGCGACACUCUUACGUCUGUACAACGAGCUUACGCCAAGUCGUGGUCGGCUGGUAGACGGCGCUGGAACACGCCACAUGAAAGGACGUGCUAACGAUGUGGAUUUGGUCACAAUGCAACGUAACAAGGCAGUGGCUCAGCAGCAUUUUGCAUCGUCACCCUAUGGUCCAGGGAACGAGCCUCCGGCCUCGGCACUUCAUACCAAGGUCCUCCCGUUGGAUGUCGCCGUGUGGAAAGGCAAAGAAUACCGUGUGGGCGACUGGGUCCACAUUAUGAACCCUGUAGAUCCCAGCCGGCCUAUUGUCGGCCAACUAUUUCGUGUGUACAAGCGCAUGCAAGUGCCAGGCAUCUUUUUUACAGCGUGUUGGUACUACCGACCUGAGCAAACUAGCCACCCCUCCUCAAAACAAUUUGCAGAAAGGGAAGUUGUACAGACAGGCGUUUAUUCGGAGCAUGCGUUAGAAGAUAUUCUGGAAGAUGUGCUUGUUUUGUUCCAUACGACGUACCUCCGUGGCCGUCCUUCGUCGGGAUAUUGGCAUCCCACUACCCCUGUGUAUAUGGUGGAACAAAAAUACGAUAUUGAUACCAAGGAAUUUCAUUCAAUUCGAAGUUGGGCAAGUUGUGUGCCUGCCGCGGUACGCGAGAUCACUACGCCUAUGGACGCCUUUUCGACGAUAUCCGCAUCACCUGAGCGUGCGCCAUCGCUCCUUGCGCAGGGCCAAACUGUACCAGGUGGCUCGUUGCGUGAGGAGUAUGUGAACUUGGUAGCGGAGCAUGACUGGCCAACAUUGUUUGAGGAAGAGGCGCCUCCCCCACAUUCCGAGGCACCUGCUACGUACUCCGCCCAGGCACAGGCGCCAACGCCCGCUUGGCAGCCUCCUGUUCUUUCCGAGCUCGAUAAGAUUCGCGCUUAUGCUACGUUCCAUGCCCUGGCCACACAGAUCGCUAAGAGCUUGAGCCCCGCUGCAUACCAACGCCUACAACGCGCAUUGCAGGCGAAUCCCAAUGUGGGCCCAGCCGACUUGCGUGUUUUGGCCAUGGAGAUGGGAGGCAUGCCUGAAUCGCUUAUUAUGCAUUUCCGUGACGCUGCGCGCUUGGCUGGAAUGCUCCCAGGAACCAUCCCGAGACCUGAUGCUACUAUGACAACGGCAGCAGCCAUUUUUGCUGCGUACAAGCAAGGUGCUGUAUUUGAUGCGCUCCCUGAGGAGACCAAGGCUCUUUUUUUGCGCGACGCGCACGACCUUGUGCUAUGGAAUGCAGCGCCGCCACUCGCAGGCUGGCCUGCCGUGGUGCCCGUGGUAGAUGGGUCAACGCAACGGUCUUCCACGUAA